AUCCGAUUAUACUUUCGCACAUCACUAUGCAUCAUUGUGAACUGUCAAACUUACAAAGCGCGAUUUGUAGGUAAACAUUUUUUAUUUAUUUUCGGUGAAUAUACUGAAGAUUGGAGUAAACUAUGAUUGUGUAAACAGAUGUUGGCUACAUAACCAGCCACCACCAUGGUCACGAAGUGCUGCGUGAGUGGCUGCAACGAGACCGAGGGGAGCGGGACAGAACUGACAUUCUUCAAAUUCCCCAAAACCCGUCACAUGAAGCAGAAGUGGCUAUCAGCCAUCCGUCCCCGCGGCCGCCUCACCGAGUCCUCGGUAGUCUGCAGCGCUCACUUCCUCAAGGAUACCGACUACCAGCGGGUGGCUGGUAAAGAUGUCUUGAGGACGAGUGUGGUGCCGAGCGUGUUUAAUGUGGACUUGAAACAUACCAGCAGCAAAAGGCAUACCAGGAGGAAAAAAUCAGUGUCCCCAAAACCCAAAAGUGGUGAAGAGAGUGAUGAAAAUGCUGAUGAUGAUGAUUUAAAUGCCGACGAUGGAGAAAACAGUAUGCCUGAGGAUAAUGACAAAAGUAUACAAGAUGGUGAAGAAUCAAUUGGAAAAGAUUGUGAUAAAAACUAUACUAAAGACAGUGAAAAUGGACCUAUAGAAAGUGAUAAUGCCGAUACAAAAUCAAAUGGACAAAAAUGUGAUGAAGAAAUAACUAAAGACAUUGAAAAUAAGUGUAUAAAAGACAGUGAUGAAAGAGCAGAAUGUAAUGAAAAGCAUAUUGAUGAGAAAAUGGAAAAUAAUGAGGUGAAAGGUGAUGAUAUGUGCAAAAACAAUGGUAAAUCUGGAGAAAUUGAAAGACAUGUGGAUGGCAAAAUGGUUGAAGAUAAUAAUAGUGUUGAUCCACUAACAAAUGGGAGCAAGACCCCUGAGGAACCACCAUCAUGUCUCAAUGGUGAAGUGACCAGCAAAUGUGAUACAGAUAAAACAGAAAAAGAAGAUAAAAUUAAAGAAGAUGACAAUAUAGAAUCAAAUACAGAACCGGAACCAGUAUUAACAAACAUAGAUAGAACAGACGAAAUAAACAAAUCACAAGAAACAAAAGACAAUGCAACUGAACCAGAAAAACCAGACACUAGUGUAGACACAGAAGAAUCAACCAAAAUGGAUGAUGAAGACACUGAGGAUCCAGUUGAUAAAAUCGAUAAUAGAACUGAGACAGAAUCGAAUCCAGAUUACGAUGAGUUGAUUCGAGAGACUCAAUGCAAGAUAAUGGAAAUGUCUGAGGAUGCUGUACCGAUUUUGGAUAAUGUGGAAACGAUAUUGGAAGAGGAUGAGAGUUCGAAGCAUAGUGUGGAAGAUGUGGAUGAGAAUCUUUUUGAAGAAGGUUCUAAAGGUGCCGAGCCUGUGUUUGUCGAGAUCAGUGUAGAUCCAGAUGCUAUGGCGUCCCCCUCGCCCCCGGAGAGCCCAUCUGACUGCAUGAUGGUGGUAGAAGACAUGCAAGUACAGGUGGACCCGCGAGACAUGAUCGCCAGCAUGGAAGACCCCGCCGAUGAUGAUGACGAUGAUGAUGUGGAGGUUAUUGAGAAGCCAGUGGAGCCGGUGAGUCUACUCACCUCUUCGGACGAAGAUGACGUCAUCUUAGAAGAACCACACAUAGACACGGUGGAGGUGUCUGAUGAGACGUCCGAGGACGACAUGCCGCUCACCAGGUACGUCAAGAAAACAUCCAAACAACAGAAGGAGUUGAACGACAAACUGAAAAACAUAUUCUGGGGCACAGGCUCAGAGUUCUACUGCUACAGCUGCCAAUACACUACGAAAUCAAAGAAAGACCUCAGCGAACACAUGAAAACACACGGGCAAGUGAAUAAAAAAACCAGUCAAAUCAUGGUGUGCGAUGUUUGCGAGUUUCAAUCUGCGAGCGAAGUACAAUUCGCGCGGCACAAGCGAAAACACAAGGAAGACAAGAAACACAAGUGUCAUAUGUGCGAUUACAAAGCUCGCCACAAAAUGAGUUUAGUCUACCACAUGAAGUCGCACAAAACUGUUGAAAAGAUUGUGUACAAGUGUCAUAAGUGCAGUUACCAGUCUGCGGGGCCGCUGGCGCUUCAACGACACAUGACGGCGAUGCAUGCGAGAGUGGUGAUUCAGUGUCAAAUGUGCAGUUUUACUUGUAAGAAGAAGGUUAACCUGCAAAGGCAUGUGAGGUCGGCGCACGUGAAGAGAAAGAAAGCGACUAGGAAAUUUAAUAAAAAAGCGUCUAGCAGUAGCGAAGAUGAAUAUGUGCCUGGGAAGGAUGUGUGAGUUAAAAGACAAUGGUUAAAUUAGGUUUUAUUAACACUAGUUGGUUUAAACAGUAAAUCGGAAUUAAGAUCUGAAUAUUCUGAAUGUCCGUUGGGUGUGAUGUGGAUCCUUAGAAUAAGGAGUUCGAGUUAAGUAUUCGAUCAUUAGUCUGUGAGUAAUAUCAAAGGUAAGCGUCUACCUAUCGGCAUAGUACGCAACGGACGAAUCGCAUUCAGUAUUCUUUGUAUAGAAAUUCAUACUUCUUCGGCAUGGCCGACGCUGUUUCUCCAUACAUUUAUGA